AUGAGAAGCAAGAAGAGAUCGUCGUCGGGAGAAUCAGAGCAGUUCGAUGAAGCGACUUUAGAAUUUAGCAGAGCGGUCAAAGAACUGAGCUUCGAAGUAUUAGAUGCUGGACUGGAACCCUUUCCCGAACUGCCAAAAACGCCCAUUCGAAAAAGCCGAUUCAGUCUGAAAGCCUCUGCCAAGCGCGCCUUCUCGAAAGUGACCGGGCGAAGCAACAAAAGAAAGAAGAAAACGCAGCGCGAUUCAAUAGCCAUGUCCAUUUCCGAUUUUCCUGACGUGCCCAAUGAUAUCAUCGCCUAA